AUGAAGUCUUUCCCUUUAAACCCAUUGCUUUUUACCAGCUUCACCGUUGUAUCUUUAUCUUCAACACAGUGGUCAACAGCUUCAUCUUACAAAAAUAAAGAUUUUCUUCGAUGUCUCUCCAUCCAUUCUACAGACAUUCCAAUAUACACUCCAAUCAAUUCUUCAUAUACUUCCACUUUGAGAUCAUAUGCUCAAAAUCCUAGAUUCUCAACGCAAUACAAAACCCUAAAACCCCUUGCCAUCAUCAAACCUUCUCAUGUUUCCCACAUUCAGUCCACCGUGAUUUGUUCCAAAAGCCAUGGCUUGCAAAUCCGAAUCCGUAGCGGUGGCCAUGACACUGAAGGCCUUUCUUACAUCUCCGACCUCCCGUUUAUUGUCGUCGACCUAAUAAAUCUCAAGUCUAUCGAAGUUGACACCACGAACAACACUGUAUGGGUUCAGUCUGGUGCAACUAUAGGCGAACUUUACUACAGAAUCGCUGAAAAAAGUCGAACCCUAGCAUUCCCAGCAGGUGUCUGCCCGACCGUGGGUGUUGGAGGGCAGUUCAGCGGCGGUGGAUACGGGUGGUUGAUGCGAAAAUAUGGUCUUGCUGCCGAUAAUGUAAUUGAUGCUUAUUUGGUUGAUGCUAAUGGGAUGGUUUUCGAUAGUGAGGCAAUGGGAGAGGGUUUGUUUUGGGCGAUUCGAGGGGGCGGAGGAGGGAGCUUUGGGAUCGUUGUAGGGUGGAAGGUGAAAUUGGUUAGAGUUCCACCCAUUGUGACAACUUGUAGGCUGGACAAAAGCUUGGACAAGAAUACGAAGAAGAUUGUAUAUCAAUGGCAGUAUGUAGCUAACAAAAUGGAGGAAAAUCUACUCAUCGGCAUCAAUUUGACUGGUGGGAAUCCAACUAAAGGAGUCAAGAGAAAUCCAACAGCUUCAUUCUUCUCUUUAUAUCUUGGAAAGACAGACAAACUUAUUAAAAUCAUGAACACAACAUUCCCUAACUUAGGAUUAACAAAGGCUAAUUGCAAAGAAACAAGUUGGAUACAAUCAACUCUCAUUGCAGCUGGUUUUACAAAUGGACAACCCUUGGAAAUUUUGCUGACCAAACCUACUCUCAGCAACAAUAUAAGCUACAAAAUCAAAUCAGACUAUGUGAAACAACCAAUUUCUGAACACGCGUUCAAGGGAAUAUGGGACAGAUUACAAUCUCAUGAAGUAGAAACAUCACAACUUUUUUUGUUUCCUUAUGGUGGGAAAAUGAACAAUAUUUCUUCAUCAAAGACUCCAUUUUCACAUAGAGCUGAAUUUCUUUACAAAAUCUCUUACACCGUUGGGUGGGCAGAACAAGGAACUGGUGCAAAUGAGAGACAUUUAAAUUGGAUACGAGAGUUGUAUAGUUUUAUGACUCCUUUUGUUUCAAAUUCACCCCGGGCUGCUUAUGUCAAUUACAGAGAUCUUGAUAUUGGAACAAAUAAUAAGUGUGGAAAGACGAGCUACGAGGAAGCAAGUAUUUGGGGAAUGAAAUAUUUUGGGAACAAUUUCAAAAGGCUUGUGCAAGUUAAGACCAUGGUUGAUCCUUCAAAUUUCUUUAGGCAUCAGCAAAGCAUACCACCUCUCACACUCUCAUAGGGUUGAUGAUGUUAAUUUCCAUGUGUGUUUGUCCAAUCCCCAACUUUUUGUUUGUAUUGCAAAAUAAGAGGUUGUGUGUCAGAGCUGACUUUCUUUGUGUGUGAUUGUUAAAUAAGAUCCAUUGUUCAUGGAAGAAAAA